GACGUUUCUAACAGUUUGUGAUAGUUCGAAACGUUUUCCGUGUGUUGAUCAAAUAGAAAAUAGAAAUAGAAAAUUUUAGUCGAAGCUAUUACAAUUAACCGAAAAUUGUGUGAAAUCCAUUGAAAAGAAGAAAUGGGUGAGAAGCGGAAGAAUAUGGAGGACGAGAUGUCCAGAUUUGAAGCAGAAAUCUCAAACCCCAACUUAUUCGUACCGCAUCAAGUUCGACCAAUCAUCGGAUCAUCAACGUACAGUCAAGUGCAACAGAAGCUACAAAAUCAGCCAUCUCUACCAUCAGCAACAAACGUCUCAUUGUCCGUUCCUCCACCACCAAAUCCACCGGCUUUCAUUUCAACAUUUAUGCCUCACGCACACGCCGAAAUGCCCGAAAAAUCGUACAACUCAGAGCCGACACCAGUAGUGCUGAGCAGUGCACCAAAACUGUACACAAAUCGACCGACCGUGUCGAUGCCACACACCCAUGCCGAAAUUGUGAGCCAUCAUGUGAAUCCGACUCAACAGAUUGAUAUUUCGUCGAUCCAAUUCGAUGUGACACAAAAGCUGAAGAAAUUAAAAGCGGAAAAGAGUGGUCCAAAUCCGAUUGCUGAGGCGGCCAUCCAGGCUGCGAAGGCUUCAUCGGCGCUACAAAAUUUUCAAAUCAACGAAAAGAGAAAAAAAGACAAAAAGACCAUUCGAACAGCUGGCGGACAGGUAUGGGAAGAUCAUUCGCUUGCCGAUUGGGGUGAUGAUGACUUUCGGAUAUUUUGCGGUGAUUUGGGGAAUGAUGUUAACGACGAACUGUUAACUCGGACUUUCAAUAAAUAUCCGUCAUUCGUUCGAGCCAAAGUGAUAAGAGACAAACGCACCGGCAAGAGUAAGGGAUUCGGAUUCAUCAGUUUCAAAGAACCAGCAGAUUUCAUACGCGCCAUGAAGGAAAUGGACGGAAGAUACGUCGGAAGUAGGCCAAUAAAAUUGCGAAAGAGUUCAUGGAAGCAACGGAGCUUCGAAGUGGUUAAGCGCAAGGAAAAGGAGAAACAACAACUGCUGCAAAUGUUCAACAAAACAUAAUUUUGUAUUUACACCAGUACCAGUAAUUUGAAAUAAAGAUCGCGUUCAGAAAUCGAAAAUAUUCACAA